GUUUAAUUAAGCUUUACGGCGUAUACAAGAAGUUUCCCAACAUAUUAACAAGCUAAUAAAGUAGAUAAAUUCAGCAAACAUGUCAUUAAUUCAUCAAUAUAUUAUCGAAUUCAACAAAUUAGUAAGCAGCACAAACUUUAUGUCCUCUGCAAAUGAUGUAGCUAUCAAGAAUAAGCUAUUUCUAAUUCAACAAAACAUAAAUGAAGACGUAGAUUUCAAUUCUUUUGAAUCUUACAAUUUGAUAUCCAAUAUCUACAAUAUACUGAACCAGACAAGUGAUAAUAAAUCGCCAGUUGUCGCCAAUUGUAUAGAUCUUCUCCAGAUAUCAAUAAAUUCAAGGAACAAAUCUAUAAUGAAAAUCAUCCAGGACAUAAACUUCCUUCCAGCAACAACUAAACUUUUGUGGUUCGUGAAUGAUUGUUGUGACAGCCUGAUCAAGCUCUUAACUCUAAUUAAGAACAUAAUUAAGUUCAAUUAUGAACUGGAUGAGCACAAUUUAAAAGUAUUUGUAGAAUCAUUGCGUGAUCUUACCGAGAAUUUCAAUGAUAAAAGAGUCUCAAAACUGUCGAUGCACAUUUUAGUAAAUCUAGCUAUGCACAACGAAAGUGCCAAAUAUCUAAUUAGCAAAAGCAUCAAGAUUACAGAUGUUGAAAAUAAGCUGGAUAAGGGUGAUGAUCUGAUUUCUGCAAAGUUCUUAAUCAUCGUAUUGGAAGAAUUCAAUGCAAAAGAAAUCAUUCCAUUAAUUAAAUUAAGCUUGAAGAGCAUCAAGGAAGCGCUGCCCUUGCUAGAUUCGGAUCCUGUUGUUCACAGCAUAGACAUAUUCAAAUAUGUCAAGAAGCUGUGUAAAAGUGAAGUUAAUUUGACAGAAAUGGAAGAUUUAAUGGGAAUUCUUGAAGAACUUAAUCAAAAAAUGAUCAAUCAUUUCGGCAAUGACACAUCCAGCGAGCUCAAAAGGGAAUUUAUAGAGAAUAUAUUUGAUUUUUAUAGCCAACUCCUUAAUUUUGACAAUAAUUUAGCUCAUCAUUUUGUAAACUUGACACUUAACAUUUUUGAACAUCCACAUUAUACAAGAUCUGCUUGCGGACUUAAAUUCCUGUCCAAUUUUAUAACAUACGGCGGAACAUUUGAUUCUAUGGACAGGACUGUCGAGUCAAUCAUUGAUUAUUAUAAUAAUAACUGCGAUAUUAGUCCAAAAGUAAUUGGAAAUAGUGAGAAAUUUGAGUUUCUCAAAUUCCUUAAAAUUCUGCAUCAGAACAGCAAGCUUAAUAAAACUCAUUUGAAACCAGCUUUCGAGUAUAUGGAAAAUAUUCUCAGCAUAUUUGACAGCAUGACGACUGAAAACAUCAACGAGGAUGCUAUUUUACUUCUUGUAUAUUCCCUUCAAACACUUAAUGUGCUAUCGAAAGAUUCCAGCUUAUUUAGAGACUUCUUAGACAAAUUAUUCGAUCAAAGUAUAAUCCCAUACGUUGUAGCCAAAGCAUACAUGCUGAAGAAUGAAGAAAUUCUCACGAUUCUCUUUAGUUUGACUUCGAUGGAGAAAUUUCCAAAUACUAAAGUCGCACAGCUUUUAUCCAAAAAUGUUUAUGGCAAUCAUGAUCAAGUGACAUAUAAAGAAGUCAAUAAUCGACCAGAAUCUAAAUUCUCAUCCAAAUACAUCACAAGACAUUUGUUGGACGACUUAGACGGUCUUAUUAAGAGAAUUAAUCAAAAAUUAGACAAUAAUGACUAUAAUGGAUUAAAGGCAUCUGAUGUGAUCUCAUUGUAUCGUCAAAAGAACAAUUAUCUGCAAGAUCAUUUGACGACAAUAAGUGAUUCUCUCAACACAUAUGCCGAUCUGUAUAAUAAGGCACAACAACAAAAUUGUAUAUUAAGGAGAUUAGGAGAUAAGCAGGAAGUUGUUAAUUGGAGCAUGCAACUUGACAUUGAAAAUGCCAUGAAAGUUAAUCUUAAAUUGGAAUCAGAAAAUUUGCAUCUGGGACACACAAUUGAAUCCUUUAGAAACAAGGUUGAAAAGGAAAGCUCGAAAACUUCUCAGCUAUCUAAACAGAUCGCUAUUAAGAACAAGGAAAUUGAGAAGUUCAGAGUAGAAAAGGCAGCAAUGGAGACAGAAAAGCAAAAGUUCAGACAUGCACAGAAGGAAAAUGAAACCCGCAUACAACAAUUGAAGCAAAGUUUAGAGGAAGAAAAGAGCUUGCGAGAAUCGCAAGUGUCAAGUGCACUAGCUGAACAAAAAAGAGUCACAAAAAGUGCUGAAAAGGAACAAGCUAAGUUACAGGAAGUGAUCAAAUUAAAUGAAAAUGAAAUAAUACAGAAGCAAAAAAGAAUAUCGGAAUUAGAGACGGAACUGAAGGAAGCUGAAAAGAUACAGACAUCAAUUUUAUCUCUUAUGCAAAAAAGCAAGCGAACUUAAUGAAUAUUUUAAUGAUUCUGCUUAGUUUUCAGUCAAAUAAAAAUUGUUUAUUUAAGAUUUUUA